AUUGGCUGGAGGCGGACUUCAUGGGCGGACUGGGAUUCGUUUUUUCUUUGAGGAAGUGUUGUUUCGCUUUUUCUACGAGACAUUGACAAACGUCUGUGUGCAUCGAGUGUGCGUGUGAGUGUGAGACGCGCUUGUGGGGUCGUUGGGCUGCGCGUGACAUCCAGACGGUGCGCCUGCGUCUCGCGUCAUGUCUGCGCCAGCGUCUGGAGAAACCUCCAACCACCACAACACUGUUUGUGAGCAAAAUGAAAGCGGAAAUCCAACAAGUAAAAAUGAGGAGCGGAGGAACUGGAACGUUGGAAAUAACUGGGGAUUUUCUUUAGAGGCAAUAUUCGGAUUUGCACUUAAAUUUUUUAAAGAGAUGAACGGCAAGGCUUUCAAUCCAACCUAUGAAGAAAACCUGCUGUUUAUUGCACUUCAGAAACAAAUUUUCCUCGGCCCCUACAAUCCAAAGCUUUGCCCUGAGGUUGGGUUCUUCGACGUCCUGGGGAAUGAUAGAAGGAACAAGUGGGCAGAGCUGGGCAGCACAGCUAAAGAGGAUGCCAUGGAGGACUUUGUGAAACUUCUGGACUCGUGCUGUAGCCUGUUUUCUCCGUAUGUCACCUCUCAUAAGAUCGAGAAGGAGGAACAUGAGAGGAAAUUAAGAGAGGAAGAAGAGCGUCUCAGGAUGGAAAGAGAGGAGGAGAAAGAGCGUCGCGAGGAGGAGAAGAGGAGGCAGGAGGCCGAUCGCUUACUAAGCAACUUGCAGAUGCAACAGGUGGAGGCUGCUCUGAAUACACCAAACCCAGUGCACUUCCAGGAGAAUCCCCAGUCCUCUAAAUGCUCAGACCAGCAGCAGCGACUCAUCCACCGGUCUUGCGAGUGUAUCCUGCAAGCUCACCAUACACACCAAGUCAAACAGCACGACACGGCUGAAUCCCCAUCACCAGAUUCGAGUGACACAGCAUCAGUUACACACCCAAUCAACCAGCCCGAGUCUGCACAGAGGACCACAUCCGAAACAACCCCCAGAUGUCAUUUAUUCGUCGAAAGCAUGCCAGGAGAAAUGCCCAUCCUGGCGCCCUCCAUGUGGACGAUGCCUCAGGUAAACGAAUUUAAGAUGAGGACCCAGCAGGAAGCCGAGUCUGUGAUCACUGUAGGGAGAGGUGAAGUGCUGACCGUGCACAUUCCCACUCAUGACCAUGGCUCUACGUUCUUUUGGGAAUUUGCCACAGAUUACUACGACAUCGCUUUCGGCUUGUAUUUUGAGUGGCCGAAUACAACAAACGGAGUGGAAUCUGUAUCUAAAAACCAAGAUGCAGGCCAGACUGAAAAGGCAAACGGGAAGGAGGAGAAAACCCCCACGGACGUAGGCCCUCGGAUUAGCGAGGUGGUGCCGCUGUUCCGACGGGACAGUCACGAGAACGUGUACGCAGGCAGUCACCGGUACCCGAGCGAGGAGUUUAUUUACUCAGAUUCGACAAUUCUUAUUCGCUCUGGAGGUCAAAGGUUGUGUAUUACCGAGUCUACUACACCGGUUAGAUUUAUUAAAAGACACACCUAAAACAUAUACAACAUUAAUUUCCUUAUAUAAAAUUUCAUAAGCUUUUAAAGAAGUCUAAAUGGCUUCACAAACACUACAGUGUGUGCAAACUGGCUUAAGCCGUGCUUAUCUUUUCAAUGAAAAGAGGGUAGGCGUGAAAGCUAGGGGCAAAGUCCUGCGCUGCUUUGUUUACCAGACGCUAAACAGUUCCUGCUCGGCAGGAUUCAGAACUAUGCAUGAAACAUAUCCAACAUGAAGAAAGCCAUAUAUUCUGGAAUACUAUUAAAUGUUUGUCAGAAUCAUUUUUUAAAGGAAAUAUAGUGCAGAUUAUAUUAUUAGGGCAGUGUGAGCUCUAAGGAAAUCCUUUAUACUUGAAGGCCAUUAUAUAAAAAUCCAAUCAACAGUCUUCCAAAAUGCAGAAGGACUCUGAGUCGGAAAACAGUCAUAACAAGCUAUAAAACUGUGGAAAACAUUCUCACAAAAUCUCCCAACACCCCAAAUUAUUGAUGAUGGUAAACCACAAUGUGUUUGUUGGUUUAAGCUUCGGUUAUAGAGUCGUGUCGUAUAAACAACAAUUAUAAUGAUGGGUCAAAGUUUAGUAUUUCCUGAUAUAUUCCUUUCCUGUACCUGUGAUCAUUCAGAGUACAUUUAAUCCAGAUCCACAGUAUUCCUACAAAGUUCUACCUACAGCAGUCCUUUGCUUCUACUGUUUAUUUAAACAUGCUGAACAAAUGAUUAUUGUAAUUGUAAUUAAUAUUUCCGUUGAAAUCGUUCUUCCCAACAAGUUGUGUGAAAUGAUUGCAUUUUUUUGUUCCUUAAUGGAUCUUUUAUUUAUUAUGAUUACAUUCGAUGACUACUGUGAUUUUGUGUUAAAUGUUCCAAUAUAACAUAUUUUAUUUGUAAGUAUAAAAUUCUACAGAUGUUCAUCCAUAA